GGUCUCUCUCUUGGCAAAUAAGGUUCCUAUGUAGCGCAAUGUAGGAGUAAACCCCUUGCUUUCCGGAGAGACCCCCAUACACAGGAUUCUAUUUCUCUUUUGCAAGGCAACACUGUUGUGAGUGAGAACAUGUCUCUGGACGACAUCCGUAUGCACUCUGAAGAUCUAAUAGACAAAGAGCAGCUUGAUUGCGGAGGAUUCGGCACAGUGUCAUUAUGCUUUCAUCGAAACCAUGGUUUAGUUGUGCUGAAAACAGUAUAUACCGGACUGAAACAUGAAAUGUACAAUGAAGCUCUUCUUGAAGAGGGAAAAAUCAUGCAUAGGCUUAACCACGACAGGGUGGUGAAGUUGCUUGGUCUUAUAUUAGAAAAUGGCAAUUAUUCUCUGGUGAUGGAAUACAUGACGAAAGGAAAUUUAUGUAAUGUUUUACAACAGGUUACUGUUCCACUUUCUGUUAAAGGACGUUUUAUUCUUGAAAUUAUAGAAGGAAUGACUUAUUUACAUGACCAAAAUAUAGUUCACAAGGACCUGAAGCCAGAAAAUGUUUUGGUAGAUAAUGAUUUUCACAUUAAGAUUGCUGACCUAGGUGUAGCUACCUUCAAAACCUGGAGCAAGUUGACUAAAGAGGAGACCUAUCGCAAACAGAAAAGUCAGAGCAUAAACGGCCACCAGGCUAAGAACAAUGCUGGGACCUUGAGCUAUAUGGCCCCAGAGCAUCUGAAGUCUUUAAGUACCAAGCCCACAGAGAAGUCUGAUGUGUACAGCUUUGGAAUUGUGAUCUGGGCUAUAUUAACUGGCAAGGAGCCUUAUGAAAAUGCAUUCAACAUUGAGCAAUUACGUGUUUGUGUAAUCGGUGGGGAUAGGCCAAGUUUAGAAGAACUUCCUGAAAAUUCUCCACCAGAGGCACUAGACAUGAUGCAACUUUGUUGGAAAGACAAACCAGAAGAGCGGCCUACUUUUAGAGAGUGUGAUGAGAAAUUAAGAACAUUUUACACCAACAAGCUUCAGAAGAAAAUUGAAAGUGAUGUGGCUAAAAUGAGUAUUGAAUUUCCAAAGCCCCAGGGAUUUAUUGAACGUAUGGCAUCCUUGCAGCUCGACUGUGAUGCAGAACCUCCAAGCAUAGCGACAAAAGAUCAGCCCCAGUCACUGCACAGCUCGCAGGGUCUACUAACAGGAGACCUGGAUGAAUGUCUGUUCUCACCGGGUGAGCCAGUGGAGAGUGAAUACCCCAAACAAGAUGAAAACUUAGAAAGGAAAUUGCAAGAAGAAGUAAGGUAUCAUCAAACUGGCAGUCGUUUUGAUGACAGGCUGAGCAUGCUUGACGUUCAACCAAGUUUUGCAGAGAUUCAAAGUAUGAGAGAGUCUAGUGAAUCUUACUCAAAGUACCCAACAAAUCUAUCCACUCACAUGUCAAACGUUAGACCUUUCAUAAGUGACUCUGAAAAGCCCGUAGACCAUUCCAUGUCUUUCGACCAAAGGAACAUCAUGCCAAAUGCUGAAAGCUGUGGGCCAGAUGUCACACCAGGAUACCACUCACAAACUGCGCAGCAGGUUAAUAUUCCUAAUUCAGCAUUUGAAGGGCACAACAUCUAUUCUGGAACACCUGGACCUGCAUCACAUAGCUUUGGCUUUGAUACAAAUUUGAUGCCCACUUUACCAUUUCACACCGCCCUUUAUGUACCAAUACCUGAAUCUGGAAUGUCAGAUCCUUAUCAACAACCACCGAAACCAGUGUCAGAGGCUAGAUAUGGAGGAGGAGCCCCCAACCACAUUGCUUUUCCAAAGGGAAACUUUGGAUACAGUCCACCCAACAGCAUUCCAGAAACAUCGAUGAGUCUCCAUAUAGUAAACAGCAAAUCUGUCCAGAUUGGAAAUAAUAAUGUAAUGAACAUCCAAAAACCACCCCCUAUGAAGAAGAGUCCAAUAAGAACCCAGUGCCUUAUAGACCCAGCUAUAUUAGAAAGCAAUGCUGUAGUUAAUGAAAAACAUCUGCAACUACUAAGAGACAACCUCUCAAUAAAGUGGAAAACAUUUGUUCGCUUACUGGGCUUUCGAGAUCCAGAGAUUGAAGAAAUUGACCAUGACUUUGAAAGAGAUGGACUAAGAGAAAAAGUUUACCAAGCUCUGCAUAAGUGGAUAAUGAAAGAGGGUUCCAAAAAUGCAACAGUAGGAAAAGUGGCCUAUGUACUCCACAGUAUGUCAGAAAUUGAGCUCCUCAAUGAGUUUAUUAAUAUAGAACAGAAUUAAAAUGAAUUGCAUAAGAAGAUUAAUUUCAAGGCUGAUUUGCUCAGGCACCUGGGAUAGUCAUUAAAGUGAGAGGCUGGAUCAUAUUAAAUAGCACAAAUACAUCAAA